AUGGCCUCUCCUCGCAAACCUGCAAAGCAGUCAUCUGGCUGGGGAGGCUUUUUGCAGCAGGCAGUACUCUCCGUUGAAUCGAGACUUGACAACAUUCUUGCGGAUGAGGAUCAGCCUUCCGGGAAGACUAAUGCGUCGGAAAAAGCCCAGGAACAUACAGGACGAGCUUCAACUGAUGUCUCGAGAAGCUCAUCAACCACCAGGACCAGUGACCGUUUGCAGGAGCGGCUAGCAAGAGCACUGGCAAAGAAGACGAGUGAAGCACGCAACGAGAGUCCUGUGUCUACUGUGGAUCCAGUCUCAGGGACAGCUACACCAGUCGACAAAUUCCCGCAUGAGAACGCGCAAAACACGUCGAGCAGAACAUCAACUGAUGGUAUGCGCAAUGUUCGGAUCCCAAGCAUUACAGCCGAUGAUAUGCACAUCAUCAAUCCUGCUAUCGACAAUAUAGAACAGCUGGAACAGAAGAGUUUGACAUGCGGUUCUGGUGUGUUCGAGAAAGAAAGGCAGCCCCAAGUCUUGUCACAAGCUGCUACCCCCACUCGACUGUCCAUGGAAGAGGAAUCCCGUAUUCAGACGCAAGAUAUUGUUGUCAAUGGAAUCAGAACACCAGAUGAAGGCGCUUCCGCCGAAGAAAUGUAUACUUAUAUCGAGAAAAUCGAUGCCUUGCAGGCUAAAUUACAAUACCUUACAAGAGAAGUUGCAGUAUCCGCUCAUGAUGCAGCCGCUGCAGCCAAAGCUGGGUCGCCGGAGAAGAGGCUGCUGGAGAAGGACGAGAAAAUUGCCCUCCUGAUGGAGGAGGGUGAGAAGCUAUCAAAAGCUGAAAUGAAGCAUCUGAUGACAAUCAAGAAGUUGCGGUCACAAGCAGCCGAAACUGCCAAAAGUCAAUCGAGCAUUAGAGCUCGUGCUGAGAAGGCAGAAGCAAGCCUCUCCAAUGCCGAACAGCGCCGAAAUCGUGCUGAGGCAGCCAUGCGAAAAGCCGAAGAGAAGCUAGCACUUAGUCUGAAUGCUGAUCGUGAUGCCGAAGCUCUCAGAAGCGAGAGAGACGCUCUUACCAACACAGUGGCUGAUAUUAGGGCCCAACUUGCGCAUGCAAACAGGAGAGCUGAGAUUGCUGAGAGCAAAGCGCAAAGCGAUGCCCUUGGCAAAGAAAAGAAGCAGAUUGCAGAGCUGCAGGACGAUCUGACGAGCUUGAAAGUCGAGCGGGAGAUCAGCGAGGAAAAGCUGCAACGCGAAAUUAGAGAUCUUAAAGCAUUACUAGAACGAGAAAAGGAACGUUCGACGUCACUCGAAGGUGAGCUUCGCGCCGAGCAGUCUUUGCUGGAAAGUAAGAUGGAGUCUCUGCGCAAUCGUGCGGAAGAGGCUUCAUCCAGCAGUGUAGGCGACAGCCAGGCGAAACUCCUGCGACAGAUCGAAACGCUGCAGAAUCAGUACGCGGUGGCAAGCGACAACUGGAAGGGCAUAGAAGGCUCCUUCUUGGCACGAAUCGCCAAUGUCGAAAAGGAAAGAGACGGCUUGGAGCAUCGAGAGGGCGACCUGCGGAAGAAGAUCCGAGAAGCGACGCAGAAAGCCAAGAAUGCAGAGAAGGAAAACGAGGCAUCCAAAGAUGUGAUUUAUCAAUUAGAACAAUCCCUCUCAGAACAGAAGAGUGAAGUAAAGCACCUAAAGCAGAAGCUAAGGGAAACAGAAGACUCUUUAGCGAGUGUGAGAAAAGAUCUCGAAGCACAAAAACAGCGCUAUGAGAGCGAUUUGUCGCGGCGGGUCGAGGAAGAAAGACACAGAUGGAAAGAGCAUAUCCUGAUACAGUCACCCAAUGUACACCGGAAUGAAUCUCCUAUAGGUUCGUUGCGCAAAGGUUCAGGUCUUGGAUUGGGUCUCGAACAUGUGAAUGGCUCUUUUGCUAGUGCCGAACGCAGCCAGAGCCGUCGCCCAUCAGCCUUUCCACCCUCCUUCCGAAAUUCAAAUACACCUCCACGACAGAACUCCUCAACGUCGUUUCAGCCUUCACUCAAUGGGACUGUCCCAGAGACCCCCGCUUCACAGGCAAUUGACCAAGAUGAGUAUUUUCCCGAGCCUUCCACACCUGCUUCUCCAGGCACACAUCGUGGCGUAAAUGAUCUGAUCUCCGUCUCCACCGUCGGUGCAGGCCCUUCGGUCCAGCUCGUGGAGCGAAUGUCUGCCUCUGUCCGCCGGCUGGAAUCAGAAAAAGCGGCAUCUAAGGAUGAAAUCGCUCGUUUGACAGCACAGCGAGACGAGUCGAGAAAGGAGGUUGUGGCUUUGAUGCGUGAACUGGAGCUAAAGAGGGCUGGUGACGAGAGGAUUAAAGUUCUUGAGGAGGAGCUGAGGCUCGUCAAUGAACGACAUCAGACCACUCUGGAAAUGCUUGGCGAGAAGAGUGAGUUGGUUGAGGAGCUCAGAGCCGAUGUUGCCGACGUGAAGCAGAUGUAUCGGGAUUUGGUCGACCGUACGAUGAAAUAA